AUGAAAUCCUCCGACCUUUUUUCGCUCUUCGCCGUGGCCCCUCAGAUUAUCAUCAUCCCUACCGUACUCGCUCAUACGCGCGUGUACGGUGUUUGGGUUAACAAAGUUUUCAAAGGUGACGGGAGAGACAUUUACAUACGCUCACCCCCUACGAAUGAGCCCGUGAAGGACAUUUAUUCAAAUGAUAUGACAUGUAAUGUUCAUAACCGUGCGGUCCCACAAACGGUCAAUGUGGCAACUGGCGACAACCUCACGUUUGAGUGGUAUCACGAAUCCCGAAAAGACGAUAUCAUCAACGAUUCACAUAAAGGUGCUGUACAAGUAUACAUCGCUCCAUCGGCAUCCAACGGAACAGGCGGCGCAGUAUGGACGAAGCUAUUCAGCGACUCAUAUGCAUAUGCAUUCGACAGCAGCUCAAACAACAAAUGGGCUACGGAUCGCCUUAAGAAAGCAAAAGGUCAACAUCACGUUGUCAUUCCUAAUAUCCCAACUGCGGAAAUAAUCGCAUUGCAUCAAGCGCAAGUACGAUAUGAUCAAGACCAUGACAAGGGAGCGGAAUUUUACAUCGAAUGUGUUCAAGUCCGCGUUCAGAAUGAUCAUGAGACCUUGGGCUCGGUGGCGUUACCUGGUGGGACCAGUCUUCCUGGGACGUAUUCCUACGAUUCGCAUGGGAUUAUUUGGAAUUUGUUCGGAUCGAAGGAAGACUGGGAUCCUAGAAGCUAUGUUCCACCUGGACCGGCGGUAUGGGAGGGGGCCAAGGGAGGAAAGAUAGAGAUGGUAUAA